AAAAUUUUGGUUUUGAGAUGUCCUUGACCGGAAAUAAAAAAUAGAAACGACCUUUUGGUGGUUUACUCAAACUGGUUUGUCUCCAUGCAGGAAACAGUCGAGUCGUUGAUCCGAGAUGCAUCAGCUUGUCUGAAGAAGUUUUAGUCCUUUGCUGUUGUUUGUCCACGUGACAUUGACUUAUGAAAUAGGUGUUAAGGUUGAGGUCUUGCGGCAAGAGUUGGAAAUUCUACCUUAGUUAAGUUUUCAGUGUGGGUUUUUGACAACUAGAACGUGCCAAUUGUGUUGUUUAAAAUAAACAGUAGUGUUUAAGGUGUGGCCUUGCGUAUUUCUAACUUGUUCGUGAGUACAAAUUUGCAUUGACGCAAAUCAAAUAAAUUGAGGAAUUCGACAUAAAUACUUGUUAAUCAUGUUGUGGCUACUCGCUUUGAUAAUUUUCGCCACUGUUGCCUACUGGAAGCUUAAAUCCUCCCCCAGGACUGAAAAAAUCCUGAAACAAAUUGUCCAUGGGUCGUGCAUCGGUAGUAUUUGGAAAACCGUAACGGGGAAAAAAUCGUUCGCUGAUAUGAUUCAAGACGCCUACUACAUGGAACCCAACACCAGAUAUUCCACGUUCUACCAGUUCUUCAACCCAGUUCUCCUAGUUAAAGACCCAGAUCUUAUCAAACAAAUGCUGGUGAAAGACUCCGACCACUUUAUGAACCACCAACACUUCAUCCCCCCUGAAGGCGACCCAAUAUUUUACAAAAAUCUGUUUUCUAUGGAGAACCAAGAAUGGCGCGAUAUGAGGUCCAGGCUCACCCCAGUCUUCACCAGUAGCAAAAUGAAAUACAUGUUCUCCCUAAUCACCCAAAACUGCGAUAAAUUCGUUAAACAUUUCUUAAGAAAGGAGGAAACUGUGGUCACUGUUGAAAUGAGAGAGAUAAUGGCAAGAUUCUCAAACGAUGUCAUUUCAAAUAUAGUUUUUGGGGUAGAAGUAGACGCUGUGAAUAACCCCAACGACGAAGUGUAUUUAAAUGGAAAGAACUUGACAAACCUCACUGGUCUAACACGAGUGUUGAAGUUUCUCGGCAGCUUUCUAGUCCCCAAACUAUACAAAAUUUUGAAAAUAUCCCCCUUCCCGGAAGCCUCAAUCAAGUUCUUCAGCUCUCUAGUCCAAACCAACAUCGACGUUCGCCAGAAAAACAACAUCGUGCGUCCAGACAUGAUCAACAUUCUUCUAGACGCCCGAAAAAACGCCUUCCAACCUGAAGAGUCUGCACCAGACACAGGUUUCGCAGUCAUGCGAGAUUCCGAAAACUUCAAACUUUCCAAGACCAAAAUCGACAUCACGGAUCUUGAAAUCGCGGCUCAAGUGAUAACGUUUUUCUUCGCUGGGUUUGAAACCGUGUCUGGAAUGUUGUCUUUCAUAGCGUACGAACUUGGAGCCAACCCGGAGGUCCAGCAACGACUAAUUGGUGAGGUGGAUCAGACUUUGGAGGCGUGUGGUGGCCAAAUCACGUACGAAGCUAUUUUAAGCAUGAAGUAUAUGGACAUGGUCGUGACCGAAGCUUUAAGGAAAUGGCCCGUCAUUAUACUCACGGAUCGAAUGUGUACUAAACCGUAUACAAUCGAGGCGAAGUACCCGGAUGAGAAGUCUCGGCAUGUUAAAGAAGGGUCGUCGGUGUGGUUACCCGUUUUUGCUAUCCAUAGAGAUCCUGAGAAUUAUCCAGAGCCGGAUAAGUUUGAUCCAGAGCGGUUCAGUGAUGAGAAUAAAAGGACGGUUAAACCCUAUACGUAUUUUCCGUUUGGGGUGGGACCUAGAGGGUGUCUUGCUUCAAGACUUGGACUCCUGGAAGCCAAAACAUUAUUUUUCUAUAUUUUGACCAAUUUUGAGAUCGUUCCAGUUGAGAAAACGCAGAUACCUUUGAAGAUUAGUAAGAAGAGGAUAACCAUGAAUGCGGAAGGAGGGUUCUGGUUUGGGCUGAAACGUCGUACUGAGUUGUCCACUCCAUCAGCAUAGUCUGUGUCAAGUUGUGAUUUUUUCUUAAAUAAAAAAUUAUGAGUA